AUCAUUGCGUUACAUCACGUUGCCCAAAUCAGCUGAUACAUUCACAUAUUAGGAAUGUUUACAAUCUUGGUUUGGAGACGAUAUUUUAUCUAAUUUUAUUUUUUAUCUUCAGUACUUCAGUUUCUUUACUAACGUUGAGAGAUAUUUGCACUCGUCUCCUGCUAAUACUUACAUUGCACAUCAAAAACAUUUAAUCAUGCCUGAAAUGUACAAAGUCCUAAAAGAAGCUGCCAUCCAAAUAGGCUCUGGGGGAUCUGCAGGUUUUGUAGAAGUUUGUAUAAUGCACCCUUUAGAUUUGAUUAAAACCCGAUUACAAAUUCAGAGUGGGAAAAACAUAAAUGACCCACAGUAUUACAACGGCAUAUUAGACUGCUUCAAAAAAAUGUACGUAAACGAAGGAAUUGGUUCUUUCUGGAAAGGAAUUCUGCCUCCUAUUUUAGCUGAAACCCCAAAGCGUGCUGUUAAAUUUUUUACGUUUGAGCAGUACAAACAAUUCUUUAUGUUUGGUUCCCCCACACCAACUCCACUGACUUUCUCUCUAGCUGGUCUAGGUGCAGGAAUCACCGAAGCUAUUUUGGUAAACCCAUUUGAAGUGGUUAAAGUACAGUUACAAGCAAAUCGAAAUCGUGUCACUGAGGUACCUAGUACCUGGUCUGUAACUAAGCAAAUAGUUGCUCGCGAUGGAAUUAUAGGUCUAAAUAAAGGAGUUACCGCAACAAUUGGGAGAAAUGGUACCUUUAACAUGGUAUAUUUCGGAUUUUAUCAUUCUGUUAAAGGAUUGUUACCCGAAUAUAAGGAGCCUCUAAAAGAAUUCUUCAGGAAAGUAAGCAUAGGAUUUGUCUCUGGAACUUUGGCAUCUUGUAUAAAUAUACCCUUCGAUGUAGCCAAAUCUAGGAUACAAGGUCCUCAACCGGUACCGGGACAAAUUAAAUAUAAGGGUACUGCACAGUCUCUUAUAUUGGUAUAUAAAGAAGAAGGUGCGAGGGCCCUUUAUAAAGGACUUCUUCCCAAAGUUCUACGAUUGGGACCUGGUGGAGCCAUAAUGCUGGUCGUUUACGAUUAUAUGCACACAUUGCUUACCGAAACAUUUGCAUGAUGCUUGCAAAAUCAUUUUAGAAUAAUUUUAAAGAUCUGAUUUUAUCUUUACAAAGAAGCGCAAAUUGAUUUUAAUAUUUACAUUCACUUAUUGCUGAAUGUAUUUUAAUAAUGGACGAGUUUAGGACAAUAAUUAAUGUGCGAUAGCUAGGAUGUCAUUUUAAAGGCAUACUUUACAAAAAAUGGAGAUGAUUUUUAAUAUGUGCCAAUGAUGUUGGACUUAAAAUCGUAUCUUUAUGUGAAAGUAUGCAAGUCUCCAAUUUUACUUGAAGUUAAGGCUAGAUAACAAAUAUAAGACAAACUUGAUCCUCAUUUUUUUUCAUAUUAUUUAUUUUCGAUUAUAACUUUUGUCUUAAACCAGCAAAUAUUCAGAAAUUUGUCAAAAAUAUUCUUUCAAAUAUAUUUAAUUUUCAAGUGAAAUUUGUCAAAAUUAAUAUAGAAGCAUUUAUUUUUAACUAAUAUUGAUGAUUUUGCCUUUUUAGUUAAUAAUUAAUGUGAUAUGAACUUCUGACAAACUUGCAAUUUAAAUAAUUUUUUUAUUUCUCAUGUUAUUUAAUAAAAUAGAUGAAAUUAUGCAUAUCAUGUUUUAAAGAUGUUGAUAAAAUCUAUAUUCAAUUUUUAUAAAGUUUUAAACUGAUAAAAAACAUAAAUGUAUUUUUGCAUUUAUCUUUGUGUGAUAAAAAAAUUUAAAUAUUAUUUUUGUUUGAUAUAAAACUUGUUACCAAUAUUUUGCACGUGUACCUUGUUAAAACGCUUUUAUUUUAGUAUUAAGUUAUCAGGGAUUGUUAGAUUUUAUAUAAGCUGUACCUGUUGACAAUAUGUAAAUACUUAAAACGUUUAUUUGAGUUGUAUAUUAUCGUGUUCUAAAUACAACAGAUUUUAUGAGUGAUUUAAAUAAAUUUUCUUGCCGA